GUAAACAUCAGAGAGGAGGAGACGUCGGAGGUGUGGAUACGCAGGUUUCUGUGGUUUUACAGAGAAAAGUUGAAGGAAAAGCGGUUUAUGAUGGAGCUGAUGUUCACCAAACGGAUUUACAUCUGAGUUUAAAGAGUUUCCAGACGAAAUAAAGACUAAAAAUACAACACAAAUACGAGCCGCGGAUCAGAUGGACUUCACCGGAUCAUGUCUGGGAGAACCUGGAUCAGUCUGGAUCCGGACGUUAAAGAAGAGGAAGAGGUUCCUGAUGAGCAGCAGGACCUGAGCCCCAGUCUGGACCAGGACCACCCAGAACCAGAACCACCUCACAUUAAAGAGGAACAGGAGGAACCGUGGACCAGUCACGACCUGGACCAGGAUCUCACAGAGUCCACGUCCACUCCUGUCCCCGUAAAGACUGAAGACAAUGAAGACGAAGCUCAGUCUGAGAACCAAGAGGAACCAGGUGGAGAGGACUGUGGAGAACCAGGACCAGAACCAGAACCAGCCAGGAGCUUCCACCCACGUGGACAUUUACAGACACAGACUGAAGACUCUGAGGACACCGAGGACAGUGAAGACUGGACGGACAGAACAGAACCGGAGUCACAUGUGGACAGAACAGGAGACGGAGCAUUUGGUUCUUCUGUAGGACGUAGAACAUCGGCUCAGAGGAAAAACACAACCCAUGAAAUAAAAGACAUCGCUGUGAAAGAAAUAGGGGACAAUCUGAGACCACAUGACUGCUCUGAGUGUGGGAAGACGUUCAGUAAGAGGUCACAUCUGGAGACGCACAGGAGGAUCCACACAGGAGAGAAACCCUUCAGCUGUAACGUCUGUGACGCAUCAUUCGCUAAUAAGUCGAACUUAGACACUCACAGUCGGGUUCACACUGGAGAGAAACCCUUCCGAUGUCUGAUCUGCGAUAAACGCUUCAGUCGUAACGGAAACGUUCAGACGCACAUGGCGACUCACAGAGGAGAGAAACUGUUCCCAUGUUCAGUUUGUGGCACGAGAUUUGCUGAUAAAUCCAACUUAAACUGUCACAUGAGAGUUCACACCGGAGAGAAACCCUUUAGUUGUAAAGUAUGUGACGCGUCGUUUGCCCAGAAGUCGACGUUAGCCACUCACAUGAGAGGUCACACAGGAGAGAGACCGUUCGGCUGUUCGAUCUGCGAUGCCCGAUUCGGCGAUCGGUCGCAUUUACGAUGUCACAUGAGAGUUCACACGGGAGAGAAACCGUUCUGCUGUUCAUGUUGUAAGAAAUGUUUCAGACAUAAAAAUCAACUUCAGAAACAUAUGAACGUUCAUAAACGUGUUGGUGAAGCUGCGUUCAGUUCCUUCAAGCAGAGGUUUGGUCUGUGUGACGACAGGAGGAACACUGUGUGAUCCACCGGUGGAAAACCACUGGACCCUCUGACUGUUUAUUAGGGCUGUGUAUCAGCAAGAACCUGGCGAUACGAUACGAUACAAAUCACAAUACUAGGAUCACAAUACGAUAUAUUGCAAUAUAUCAUGAUAUCGGU